GGCGGGGCGCGGCGCAUGGGCUUCCGCCGGAGCGGCGCUGCCGAUGGCCGCGCGCAGGGCUGGGCUCGGGGCUUCGCUCGCGGCCGCCCGCGCCAGGUCGCUGACCUUCGGCCGCCACCGCCCGCCGCGCGCGCCCUGCCGCGGCGCCGCCAUGGAGCCCGCUCCGCGCUGGCUGGCGGGACUGCGCUUCGACAACCGCGCCCUGCGCGAGCUGCCCGUGGAGGUGCCGCCGCCGGGCCCCGAGGGCGCCCCGUCCGCGCCGCGGCCCGUGCCCGGGGCCUGCUUCAGCCGCGUGCGGCCCGCCCCGCUGCGGCAGCCGCGCCUCGUCGCGCUGUCGGGGCCCGCGCUGGCGCUGCUGGGCCUGGGCGCGCCGCCCGCCGCCCGCGAGGCCGAGGCCGAGGCCGAGGCGGAGGCCGCGCUCUUCUUCAGCGGCAACGCGCUGCUGCCGGGCGCCGAGCCGGCCGCGCACUGCUACUGCGGCCACCAGUUCGGCCAGUUCGCCGGGCAGUUGGGCGACGGCGCCGCCAUGUACCUGGGCGAGGUGUGCACGGCGGCCGGCGAGCGCUGGGAGCUGCAGCUGAAGGGCGCGGGCCCCACGCCCUUCUCCAGACAGGCUGACGGGCGCAAAGUCCUGCGGUCCAGCAUCCGAGAGUUCCUGUGCAGCGAAGCCAUGUUCCACCUGGGAAUCCCCACCACGCGGGCCGGGGCCUGCGUCACGUCCGAGUCCACGGUGGUGCGCGACGUGUUCUAUGAUGGUAAUCCAAAAUAUGAACAGUGCACAGUUGUGUUGCGUAUAGCUUCCACUUUCAUAAGGUUCGGAUCCUUUGAGAUUUUUAAGUCCACAGACGAGCACACAGGGCGUGCGGGCCCCAGCGUGGGGCGGAACGACAUCCGCGUGCAGUUGCUGGACUACGUGAUCAGCUCCUUCUACCCCGAGAUCCAGGCCGCCCACGCCGGUGACAGGGUGCAGAGGAACGCGGCCUUCUUCCGGGAGGUGACACGGCGCACGGCGCGGAUGGUGGCCGAGUGGCAGUGUGUCGGCUUCUGCCACGGCGUGCUCAACACCGACAACAUGAGCAUCGUGGGGCUCACCCUCGACUACGGGCCCUUCGGCUUCCUGGACAGGUACGACCCUGACCACGUGUGCAACGCCUCCGACGGCGCCGGCCGCUACGCCUACAGCAAGCAGCCCGAGGUGUGCAAGUGGAACCUGCAGAAGCUGGCCGAGGCCCUGCAGCCGGAGCUGCCCCUCGAGCUGGGCGAGGCCGUCCUGGCCGAGGAGUUCGACGCCGAGUUCCGGAGGCACUACCUGCAGAAGAUGCGCCGGAAGCUGGGGCUGGUGGGAGAGCCGCAGGAGGAGGACGCGGGGCUGGCGGCCCAGCUCCUGGAGACCAUGCACCUGACCGGUGCCGACUUCACAAACACCUUCUACUCCCUGAGUUCCUUCCCGGUUGAGCCGGAGUCGCCGGACCUGGAGGAGUUCCUGGCCGUGCUGACCGCACAGUGUGCCUCCCUGGAGGAGCUGAGACUUGCCUUCCGACCCCAGAUGGAUCCCCGGCAGCUCUCCAUGAUGCUGAUGCUGGCGCAGUCGAACCCGCAGCUGUUUGCGCUCAUGGGCACGCGGGCGAACAUCACGAGGGAGCUGGAGCGCGUGGAGCAGCAGGCGCGGCUGGAGCAGCUGGGCCCGGCCGAGCUGCAGAGCAGGAACAAGGAGCACUGGGCCAGCUGGCUCCAGCGGUACAGAGCCCGUCUGGACAAGGACAUGGAGGGUGUCGGGGACACCGCUGCCUGGCAGGCCGAGCGCGUGCGUGUGAUGCGCGCCAACAACCCCAAGUACGUGCUGAGGAACUACAUCGCACAGAAUGCCAUCGAGGCUGCCGAGGGCGGAGACUUCUCAGAGGUGCGGCGAGUGCUGAAGCUGCUGGAGACCCCCUACGACAGUGAAGCGGCGGCCAGCGCGGAGCCCGAGGGUGUGGGGGCGGCUGGCAGGAGGCGCUCCUACAGCAGCAAGCCCCCGCUCUGGGCGGCAGAACUGUGCGUGACGUGAUCCUCGUAACGGCCUUGGGGGCUCCACACUCCUGGAGUCUCCGAGGCCCUCGAGUGCUGCCGAGUCACCGAGACAGGGCCAGGCCG